AUGAUAAGUUCUGAGGUGGAUAUCAGAGAGAACAAUAUUUUUGACAACGAUAUGUGGGGAAUUUGGUCCAUGAGCAAUUCAUGGUGCAAUGUAUCGAUGAAUAGAGUUUUUCGCAACAAAGCUGGGGGAGUACGUGUGGGAUAUCGAGCUGCAGGGAAAGAGUUUUCUCCAUCUAUCGUCGAACUAAAUAAAAUUUAUGACAACAUUGGUCUUGGAUUUUUGGACAAUGUGAGAAAAUGUGAAGUAGAUGGAAGGCCGAGCGCAAAUGUUGAUUUAAGGAAGUCGUAUUUAAAGUCUCCCAAUUCCCUCCAAUCCGCAAAAUGCCUGGAUAACGAAGUACACAAUAACAAAGAAAGUGAAAACAUUAGUCAGUUGAAUUUUGCCGUUCCGUAUUGCUCAAAUUGUCGUAAGAAGUGCGAACCGAAGAGGUGUGGAAAGUGUUUUACUGCUGUGUAUUGCAACAAAACCUGCCUAGAAGGCCACUGGUCGAAGCAUAAGAAACUAUGCAAGGUUUUACGUGGAAAGGCGAGCUUUCUAAUCACUUCGAUGAAAAGGGUUGGUGGUGAUGGCAUGAUUAAACGUCAUGCGAAAAGCCUAGAAGAAAUUGGUCCAAAGUUCAGUCCUCCACCACCACGGGAUGGCAGGAGAUUUGUUGUAAAAGUACAGUCUAGUAUGCCGGAGACCGAUUUAAAGCCCCACACUCUUCUACUUUACGAUCGCAGUCUUGAACUUUACGAGGAAAUCCAGUCGAAAGUUAUUGCUAAACUCGUGCAAGAAUUUGGUAUACAAUGUGAAAGGCAAGUUGCGGAGAAGAAACUUUUCUUGCAUUGCUUGUUUGGAAAGAACGGACAACCCCGACUGUUUAUUAACGAAUUUGCCGAUUUUCUAAAAUGGUAA